CCCGUCCGUCCCCAUGGCAACGGGCGCGGCCGCCAUGGCGGCGCCCAGCGUGUUCCUGCUGGCCGUGAGCGGGGAGAUCGAGAGCGGGCAGUUCCCUGGAUUUGACGACCUCUACUGCAAGUUCUGCUUCGUCUACGGCCAGGACUGGGUUCCCACCGCGGGUCUGGAGGAGGGAAUCUCCCAGAUCACCUCCAAGAGCGACGUCUCGCCCACCACGCUCGUGUGGAACUUCCCCAUCGACAUCACCUUCAAGAGCACCAACCCUUUUGGCUGGCCACAGAUUGUGCUGAGUGUUUACGGGCCUGACUUCUUUGGACACGACGUGGUCAGAGGUUAUGGAGCUGUUCACGUGCCCUUCACACCUGGAAGGCACAGAAGAACCAUUGCUAUGUUUGUUCCAGAGUCCACAUCAAGGCUGCAGCAGUUUACAAGUUGGCUCACAGGGAGACGCCCGGAGUUUACUGACCCCAAAGUUGUGGCACAGGGAGAGGGACGAGAAGUGACGAGGGUGAGAUCCCAAGGCUUUGUGACCAUUUCCUUCAACAUCAUGACCAAGGACCUGAAGAAGUUGGGCUACGACGUGACCCCCAGUGAGCUGCAGAGCCCCUCCCUGGGGCCUGGGGCACAAGGGCUCCACAAGUACUGAACUGUGCCAGGAGGUGCUCAAAAGGCUCACAGAGAAGUUGAGCAAUUGUGGCUUUUUAGGGAAAGGGGGAGCUGGUUAAACUGAGGGAAUUAUUCCAAAAGAAACACAAGCCCGUGAGGCUUUGGAAUAACUACCAGGUACAGUCCUUUCAGUAAGUUACAGGUUGAAGUAUUAUGUAAAUUAAUGCCAUCAGAUUAUAUUUGGCAUUUUUAGGAGCAGUAUCAGACUGUCUCACAGUCUGGGACAAAAUGUUUUUAUAACAGCCUUUUGUACACUUUUUAUAUAAUAAUGAAAUGGAAAGUUCACGGUUGCAGCAGUUUUCCCGUGGUUAAAAAAAUCAAGAUGCAAUCAACAGCAAACCCUGUUCUUUUUAGCAAUUUUGGGGGUUUUUUGUGGUACAAAUGGGGAACUGAAAUUAUUACACCUUCCAAAAACAGUCCAGUGAAAUGCACCCCCCUCUGAGCAUUUCUUUUAGGCUGAAUAAACCCAAUUGUAUAAAUAUAUUUAUUUGUCUUUCUGCUGCUUGGGGCUUUUGUUUGUGCCCUAAAUCAUCCAGGCUCUGCUCUUACAGGCACAGGAGAGAAAGAAGUGCAUGUAACAAUGGAAUGACUAAUUGCUUAGUCAUCUUCAGAUUGAAUUUUGGGCAUGUAACCUCUUGUGUUUGACUGCAAAUCCCAGGAGGUGCCUGGGAGAGUGAGGAUACCACCCUGGAAGUGAACUACCAAGGCCUCAAACUGUAGAAACACAAGUAAUAACACACAGUGAGGAACCACAAAGCCUCCAGGACAAAGAAUCCAGGCAGAGAUUGUUCUUAUUUCAUGCUGAGCAGCGAGAUUGAAUAAAUAGCAUUUCUGAAAACA